CAGCCUAUUGCUAAUCAAACCGAUCUAGUUUCUUUAUAACUAACAUUGGAGAAGAUCAAAGACCUUUAAGGAUUUAUGUUGAAAGUCUCUAACCGGAAGUCACAAGUAGGCUACUUUAAUGUCUCCAGUGUUGUUGGGAUGAUUAAAAUGUCUAUCGUCGGUUUGGACCAAUUACCACGUGUUUCGAAGACGUGGAUUGCUCUGAGACGACUUGACAAAAAUGAUGACAGAGUGGUGGCUCUUCGAGAAGUGUCUAUUCCUCCAGCCGCUGAGGUCAACAAGGUCAUUCAGAUUAUCACCACUACCUUUGGGCUGAACUCUUCCGAUGUCACAUUCAAGUUAAGGAACAACCGCGGCUGUCUGAUCCCGCUCAACAGCUCGAUCCCUGCCAACAGCAAGCACAUGCCUCUCGUGCUUGAGGUAGCCAAGAUCUAUCAGCAUGUGCGUCCGGAGCCCCGAAGCGUUCCCAUGACUGUAAUCAACAAGAGCAUGAAGACCAGGCUACAGACCAUUGACCGGAGGGUGGGUUUACCAACGGUUCAUUCAGCGGUGAUCAAGUAUUCUGCCAUGAGUCCUUUGAAAAGGCCACUAAGUAGUUUCCUCAGUAUCCUCAUGUGUCUUCAAGUGUCAAUGAGGAGAUUAUCUAAUGCACCAAAACUCAGCCAAUGACAACACAAGAUACAUCUUGUCUGGUGAGAUUCAAAGACUGGAGGAGCUUCUGCCUCAGAUCGAACUCAGACGCAACGAAAAACUAAGCCAG